AUGAGCAGUGUAGCGUCACAUGCUCUGGAACCCCAAAUCCCACCGCCAAACGCGAGCGAUAUCGCCGAAACUCCCCUUCCAGUCCACGCUAUAAUCCGAAGUAUUCAGUGUGCACGUUGUUCUCGACCCCUCCGUACGCCGCUGCGGCUUCCCUGCGGAAACUCGAUCUGUCGCUCCUGCCUUCCGCCGAUCCACCAACGGACAGGCAUCACAUACCCUGCGAACGAGGAGCGAAAGCAAGGUUUCCUAUGCUACUGGGGAAAAGAGGACAAAUGCACUGGAGAACAUUGCUUGGGUGACUGUGGCGCUGAUGUCUUAUUGAAUCGCCUAGUCGAUGUCUUCGAGGAGACUCUGGCAGACCGCGGAGCUAGUUCGGAGACUGAAAGUGGACAACAGGCCGGUGCGCCUACAAUGUUGUGGAAAACCUCUCGGGAUGCACUACACGGAGCGACUACCAAGUGCGAAAUUAUCGGGUUCGAUCUGCUAAAGGGCGUUUACGGUUUAGUUCAAGAGGGCCGCUUCGAUUAUGAUGCGUCGAAUGUGCACUAUUCGGUGGGGAACCGCGCCGAGACCGCGACCCAGCGUUCGUUCAUGAAGCUCAAGGAUGCGAUAAGGAGUGAGUUGGACUGUCAGGUGUGCUACUCGCUUAUACUGGAUCCGUUGACCACGCCGUGCGGCCAUACGUUCUGUCGCGACUGUGUUACUAUGGUGAUGGAUCACAGCGAUCUCUGCCCUGUUUGUCGCCGGAAGCUGAACAUGUCCGCAACUCCGCGAAGGGAGCCCAGUAACCUGAGGAUUUCGAGUAUUCUGAAGACUUUCUUUCCGGAGCAGUUGGCGAUGCGGAAAGAGGGUACUAAUGAUGACGCAGCUGCGGCUGAUGACGAACAGACGCUUCCUUUGUUUGUGAAUUCGCUGUCCUUCCCUACCAUGCCAACCUUCCUACAUGUCUUUGAGCCUCGAUAUCGCAUUAUGAUGCGGAGAGUUAUGCAAACGAGAGGUAAGAAGUUUGGCAUGGUCAUGUACAACCGCGGGAACCGGGCUCAGCCAGGGCUAGGAAGGUCAGAGUUCAUGCAAUACGGCACAGUCUUGAUGGUUGAUCGCUAUGAGCUUCUUCCGGACGGGAGGAGUCUAAUCAUCGCUACUGGCGUCUCACGCUUCAAAGUGAUCAGCGCGGAGUUGGUGGACGGCUACCAUGUUGGCAGAGUACAGCGCGUCGAGGAUGUCCCAGUCACCGAAGAAGAGCGGCUUGAGUCGUUGGCAACGUCGGCUACACUGGAAUUGCCAUCGACACCAGGGGAAAGUCCUGCGGAAAGACCUUUGGAAACCAUGCCGACCCAGCAGCUAUUUGAAUUGGUCUUGGAUUUCAUCGCAGAACAACGUCAGAAGGGGGUCGCGUGGCUCCAUCCACGUGUUCUGCUAGCAUACGGCGAUGCACCUACAGAUCCUGCUGUGUUUCCAUGGUGGCUUGCCAGCGUCUAUCCUUUGUGGGAAGAUGAAAAGUAUUCGUUAUUAUCUACAACAAGUGUCCGCGCACGCCUAGAGAUUGUUGCACGAUGGGUGAAGAAGGCAGGGUCUCGAGAAUGGCUGGCCCGUUCUCGUCCGUCUUUCUCUUCUGCCUUAUGA